AUGCUUUGCCUAAAUUUGUUCCUUGUCGCGACCAGUUUUUGGUUGGUUUGCGACCGAGAGUGGCACCAUUGAGACCAGUCAGAUCAUCUUCCUACAACCUCGUCUCGAAGUCUAUUUUUCCAAGACAUUUAAAUAUGCAUCCGCACUUACACACAAAGGAUAACAUUGCUUGCGAAGAGGUUAUGACCGCCCUUGAAGAAUGUCAUGCCAGGGGAUUCCUCUGGAAGUCGAUGGGCAUGUGCAACGACGUUAAACAUCAAGUUACCCUAUGCCUCCGAGCCGAGCGAUUAAAACGUACCGCAAAGAACCGAGAAGUUGCUAAAGCCAAGCGCGACAAGAUUAAGUCGGCAUGGGCUGAUAUCGACGAGAACUCGUGACGAAUAUAUGACGAAACCUACUAGUCUCCUGUAUUAUAACCAGCGAGAAUAUGUCGAGGGUAUUCUUGAGUUUUGCAUGGCAUGGCAUGGCAUGGUGUUCUAAAGAGUGUUGUAGCAUUUUGGCUUGGUUUACACUAGCAGCUUGUUUUUACCGAAUAUCCUUUCAAUUUGACAGCUACAUACUGGUUGACCUGAAUUCGUUGCGCCACAAAUUAUCGCAGAAACGUCGACCCACACUGCAAUCAACCACUCCCUCACAAAGUCUUUCUGAAGGCAUUGCCGAAGGUCAGUAAACCGAAGGCGGAAAUGAAGCUUAGAACAGUCGGGACUGGCUUUCCGCUACGGAGGGCUCGGGGAAUAGAGGCUCCACCGAGGACAACGGAGGCGAGGAGAGCGAGUUCGAUACCGAAAGACUGACGCGAUUGCAAACGAUAUCCUCCCAAGGCAUCUUUGCGACAUCAAGUUAGUUUAAUCCAUAUUAUAAAUCAGCCUGUUCUUGGCCUGGGAACUCUGGACGUACACAAUAUACCCACUGUCAAGCCAGCUAUGACAGAUGGGACAGAUCCCGUCUUGACGUAGCCUAUCGUACCGCCGCUUGCGGUCAAGGCGCCCAAGAUAAAUGCGAUAGUCUCUAGAGCCUGCCACGGAACCCCACGUCAGCUCUGACGGAUCAUCGGAUUUGUUCAACUCACCAUUCUGUCUCGAAACUUGAUGAUUUAGAAGUUGCAGAGUAUUUUAAC